ACAGUUUCCCACCACAACUGCACCCUUGUGACUCUUGACUGAUAAGAACUGGAAGAACAGAACUCUCCUAUUUUCUCAGCUCUUUUUUCCCUUCAUUCUUCGAUCAAGAUGCUUUUCUUUCACUAGAUUUAGCUGCAUUUAUGACAAUGUUUUAAGUAUAGGAACAUUUUUCUACACGUUGCUAGAUUCCUACUGCACUUUUUCUUUUUCCCCCACAACAAAAGAGCAGCCUUGCUAAUUGCUUUUUUUCAGCUUCCUUUUUGCACAUUUUCUUCCAUUACUAUAGUCACUUCUUCCAUCCAGAAAUUCAUCAUUUCUCAUCCUAAGAGGGAGGCAAAAAUCUGGGUUGGAGUUAGUUUACAUUGUUAUUGAAAGUUCAAGAUCAAGAAUGGGAAAAUUCGGGCCUAAAGCACCUGCAUUUUCCUCUCUGUUGCUGCUUUGUCUUGCACUGUUGUCAAGUUUUCGUAUCACUCAUCAAGCACAGCAGCAGCCCAUUAAGACAGUUGUUGUUCUAGUCUUGGAGAACAGAUCUUUUGAUCAUAUGAUUGGAUGGAUGAAGGAUUACAUCAAUCCAUUGAUCAAUGGUGUAACAGGGGAUGAGUGUAAUCCUGUUUCAACUAAGGCUCAACAUACUCAAAGGAUCUGCUUUUCUGAUGAUGCUGAAUUUGUGGAUCCGGACCCUGGUCACUCGUUUGAAGAGGUGCUGCAACAGGUAUUCGGUUCUGGUUCAAUUCCUUCAAUGACUGGCUUUGUUGAACAAGCACUAACGAUGUCGGAGAAUCUGUCUGCAACAGUUAUGAAAGGUUUUAAGCCUGAGAAUUUGCCAGUUUAUGCUGCACUAGUUCGGGAAUUCGCGGUUUUUGAUAGAUGGUUUUCUUCAAUUCCUGGUCCUACUCAACCAAACAGGCUGUUUGUUUACUCUGCUACUUCUCAUGGCUCAACUAGCCAUGUGAUAAAGCAGUUGGCUACUGGAUACCCUCAACAGACUAUAUUUGAUUCGCUUCAUGACAAUGGAUUGGAUUUUGGUAUAUAUUUUCAAAGUUUUCCAACUACUUUAUUCUUCAGGAAUUUGAGGAAACUGAAGUAUAUUUUUAAGUUGCAUCAGUAUGAUCUGAGGUUUAAGAGGGAUGCAAGAAAUGGAAAAUUGCCAAGCCUGACUGUGAUUGAACCUAGGUACUUUGAUCUAAUCGGUUUUCCAGGAAAUGAUGAUCAUCCAUCGCAUGAUGUUGCUAAUGGGCAGAAGCUAGUGAAAGAGAUUUAUGAGACAUUGAGAGCAAGUCCUCAGUGGAAUGAAACUCUUUUCAUCAUCACUUAUGAUGAACAUGGUGGUUUUUAUGAUCAUGUUCAGACUCCUUAUGCUAAUGUUCCCAAUCCUGAUGGAAAUACAGGACCAGCUCCUUAUUUCUUCAACUUUGACAGACUUGGUGUUCGUGUUCCAACAAUUAUGGUGUCUCCUUGGAUCAAGAAAGGAACUGUAAUAAGCAGGCCAAAUGGACCUACUCCAAACUCUGAGUUCGAGCAUUCCUCGGUCCCUGCUACCAUGAAGAAGAUUUUCAAUCUCUCAUCCAACUUCUUGACGCAUAGAGAUGCAUGGGCAGGCACUUUUGAACAGGUUGUUGGGGAAUUGACCUCCCCAAGAACUGAUUGCCCUGAGGUCCUUCCUGAUGUUUUUCCAUUGAGAAGCAUAAAAGCAGAUGAAAAUAAAAGACUCUCUCAGUUCCAGGGAGAAGUAGUGCAAUUGGCUGCUGUUCUGAAUGGUGACCAUUUCUUGAGUAGCUUCCCAGAUGACAUGGGCAAGAAAAUGAAUGUUAGAGAAGCUCAUGAAUACACUAAAGGUGCAGUAUCAAGAUUCAUAAGAGCAAGCAAAGAGGCAAUCAAGUUAGGAGCAGCUGAAUCUGCCAUUGUGGACAUGAGAUCUUCUCUCACUACUAGAUCCUCAAAUCACAAUUGAUGAAUCUUGUAGGCAUCUCCUUCGUCCAUCUUAGUAUUUAUGCCUACAGAUUUCAUUAGGCUUCUAGUUCAUAUUAGCAAAGUCCACAGAACAAAUUAUAGCAAAACUUAUGUAUAGUAUGACUGUCAGGUUUAGGUGAUUGUUUCUGUUCUUAACUGCAUUUCUUUAGGAGGUCAUAGAAGCAUAGGAAACAACUCAAUAUGUGUAUUACUAGCUCAUAACUUUGAGUUCCAGAAAUUGGAGUCCGACUGUCCGUUUGUUGUAGUUAUGUUUGUGAAGUUUGAGGCUAGAGCAUCCGUUAAAGCUAAGGGCAAGUAGUUUUUGCUUUUUCUGUAAACAAUGGACAGUAAUACAACAUUUCCUAUUAUACUCAGCAAAUGGCUUGUUCCUUUUUUGCUUGUAAA